CGUGUGGAUGGUCGUAAACGCUGCGACCGAACGGAACGCGCCCACUACCACUGGACGCCCCAAUUCGACGGUAUGGUCGAUGCAUUUAUGGCUUGGUGUCUCAACGAAGAGCGGGGUCAUUGUAUACCUGAACCCGACGGUGUUCCCUCCAUCUCUGUGACAGUAACCCUCGUAGGUACCUCAAAAAGACUCGUACCCCUCACCGGUGACCAGUAUCAGUCGGAAAGCAUGGUCCGCGCUGGUGUUUUUCCAUCCUCACCGCUUAGACAUCACCACGGCUUCACAACCCGCACCCUCCAUCUCUUCCAUGAUCUAUUUUGUCGCUGCCCACGCCUCUCCAUCCAGCCCUUCAUCAAAACUCUCUGCGAUGUUCAGGGCUUUCCAUUCAGACCCUACCUCAUGCACCAGUUUUCCUCAGCCUACGAUGCUUAUCUUGAGGUAAAGGCUCGAGUCCGGAAGCUGGUUGCGCAGGCGCUUGGUAGGGAUUCACCCGACUGGCGAAUUAUGCACACCUGCCCAUGUUGCCAGUACGAGCUCGAGGAGGAUUCUGCACUGGAUAUUCGGAUGAUGGUAGCUAUGGAUGGGAAUGACUCUUUGAAACGGGUCGAACGUCGCAGGGAAGCCGCCGACGACUCCUCUGCGGAGGUCGCGGACUCGGGUGUAAUUGAGAGACUGGAUCCUCGGCAGGCGGGUGGGGACUAUUUUCUUUCGCGUGCGGCUGUCGAUGAAUGGGCGGAAGAAAACUGGAAGACCGUGACGCCGUGGAUCCCUGGGAAUAGCUUUCGGGAAUGGGUUUGGAGGACUGGGAGGUGUGAGGAGAAGUGGCAUAACGCAUUGGACAAGAACACCGGGAAGUCAUGGGCGAAGUUCGAUGAGAAUGGGAUAUUCUUGCUAAUUUGCCGGCACGGCCUGGUUUUGUCAUUGGCAGACAUGGUGAAGUCGGGCGAGAGGUAUGUCCCCCAUCCUCCAAUACAUUUCGUGUACUGA